AUGCUUGAAGGAAAGUUCGAUGAGGCUAGCCUCCUUAAAAAGAUCGUGGACUCGAUCAAAGAUUGUGUCAAGUUGUGCAACUUCAAUUGUACCGAGCAUGGCAUGACGGUUCAGGCCGUAGACGAUUCGAGAGUGUUGUUGGUAUCUCUCUUGGUGGGUCUGUCCGCAUUUUCUGAAUACAGAUGUGACCGCGAUAUUACCUUGGGUAUUGACUUGGAUUCUUUCUCAAAGAUCAUAAAAUGUGGCAACAACGAGGACUACUUGACCUUGUUGGCUGAGGACUCACCCGACAGCGUGAUGACCAUUUUCGAGGACAAGAAGAAGGAGCGCGUCUCGGAAUACUCCUUGAAGUUGAUGGAUAUUGAUUCCGAAUUCUUGAGAAUUGACGACAUGCAAUAUGAUUCUGUCAUCAACAUGUCAAGCAGUGAUUUUGCCAAAAUUGUGAGGGAUUUGAAGAACCUUUCUGAAUCCCUCAAUAUUACCGUGACAAAGGAUUCAGUGAAGUUCAGCGCAGAAGGUGAAUCUGGUUCGGGUUCGGUAGUCUUGAAGCCCUACACGGAUAUGGACCACCCGGAAGAAUCCGUAUCUGUGAACUUGGAGAAUCCUGUUGAUUUAACUUUUGGUUUGAAGUAUUUGAAUGACAUCAUAAAGGCAACUGCCCUUUCCGGAACGAUCACCAUCAAGUUAGCAGACAAGACCCCUGCAUUAUUUGAAUACAAGUUAGAUGCGGGAGGCUAUUUAAGAUUUUAUUUGGCCCCUAAGUUUGACGAGGAUGACUAG